CGCCAUUUCCUUUCCGUUUCCGUGGUAACGGUACAAAUGUCAAAAUAAACACUUGAAGUCUGUCAAGUGUCAUUGCGUAUUCUUGUAAUAUUAAGUAACAUAAGUUUAAAUAAUUAGGAAGUUAUAAGAUAGGUAAGUAAAAGUUAGGCAGAAUGAGAACUCAUCCAACAUGGGUGGAUAAAGUCCAAGAUAAAACGGAGCAAUGUAUAUAUGAUUUAUGCUUCAAUCCAGACGGAUCUCAGUUAGUAGUAGCUGCUGGAAAUCAAGUAUUAGUUUACGAAACUAGCAAAGGUGCCUUAAUACAACCUCUUAAAGGCCAUAAAGAUAUAGUUUAUUGUGUUUGUUACGCUAAGGAUGGAAAAAAGUUUGCAUCUGGAAGUGCGGAUAAAGCAGUUAUAAUAUGGACUUCCAAACUCGAGGGGAUUCUCAAAUAUUCGCACAAUGAAGCUGUUCAGUCAAUGCAAUUUAAUCCAGUGUCUCACCAAUUAUUAAGCUGUUCGCUGUCAGAUAUUGCUUUGUGGUCGGUAGAACAAAAAGCUGUACAAAAAUAUAAAACUGGAGGAAGAGUGAAUUGCUGCUCAUGGACAAAAGAUGGCCAGUACAUGGCCCUUGGUUUGGCAACUGGUUGUGUUUCAAUAAGAAACAAGAAUGGCGAAGAAAAGACACGAAUUGACCGAUCUGGAGGAACACCUAUUUGGAGUCUUUCCUGGUGUCCCUUAAGAGAUGAUUCGGUGGAUGUCCUUUGUGUGGCAGAAUGGGGUGGAACUCUUUCAUUCUAUGCCAUUAACGGAAGGUCUGUCAGAAGGGAAAGAACUCUGAAUUUUAUUCCGCUGAAACUUACCCAUUUUCCUGAAGGCCAGUAUCUCCUCGUUUCUGGCAGCAACAGACGUUGUUUGUUAAUGACUCACGAUGGCAUACAAUUGGCGACUGUUGGCAAUGAAUUUUCCUCUUGGGUCUGGAGUUGCGCGGCUCAUCCAAAAUCACCACAUAUCGUAAUUGGAUGUCAGGAUGGUACAAUCACCUAUUUGGAGUUAUCUUGGAAUACCGUCCAUGGAUUGUAUGGUGAAAGAUAUGCUUACAGAGAGAACAUGACUGAUGUGAUCAUUCAACAUCUCGUUACAAAUCAAAAAGUUCGAAUUAAGUGCAAAGACCUAGUGUGCAGAAUUGCUGUCUAUAGGGAUAAACUUGCAGUGCAGCUUCCUGAGAGAGUCAUAAUUUACGAACCAUCUGGGAACAAUGAAGGGAUGCAUUAUCGCAUCACCGACAAAUUAGCACAAGCACUUAAUUGCAACAUGCUAGUAGUGACAACAAACCGUUUGAUUCUCUGCCUAGACAAACGUCUUCAAAGUCUUUCAUUUACAGGAACUAUUGAAAGAGAAUGGAUCCUAGAUGGACCAAUCACAUAUUUGAAGAUAAUUGGUGGUCCGGUGGGUCAAGAGUGUUUGGUUGCAGGUUUAAAAACAGGGCAGGUUGUAAAAGUUUAUGUUGACAAUCCGUUCCCCAUGCAUCUUGCAAAAGUUGAUUGUGCUGUCAGAUGUUUGGAUGUCAGUUUAUUGAAAGAGAAAUUAGCAGUAAUCAGCGAUGCUGAUGUUCUUUCGGUUUUUGACGUGAGGACUGAACAGAAACUACAAGAAUUUAACGACGUGAGCAGUGUUGCUUUUAAUAGUGCCUUUGAGGAAAUUAUGUGCUUCUCUGGUGUGAAUUAUCUGGCGAUUAAAGUCGCAAAUUUCAACGAAUAUAGGCAGAAGUUUUCUGGAUUUGUUGUUGGCCAUAAUGGAUCCAGACUUUAUUGUUUAAAUGGACCUUCUAUUGUUACUGUCGAGAUGCCCUUGUCUUCGGCGAUGUACCAAUAUCUAGAGAUCGAGAUGUUCAAAGAGGCUUACGCUAUUGCUUGUUUAGGCGUGGCAGAAAACGAUUGGUUUGCCUUAGGCAUCGCAGCUCUGGAUAAUUUAGAAUUUAAUAUUGCUUAUGCAGCCUUCGCUCGUAUAAAAAAAUUGCGAUAUAUCGAAAUCGUGUCUGAAGUUGAGGAGAAACUGAAAUCUGGUGAAUGGGGCAGAGAAGCUUGCAUGGCGACAGCAGCAGCUGCCAUGGGCAGACUUCGAGAGGCAGCGAGACUUUAUCAAAAAGCUGGAUUGCAGCAAUAUGCCGUUGAUAUGUACUCUGACUUGAGAAUGUUUGACAUAGCGCAAGAGUUUAUUGCUUCAGGAAACUCCCAGGAUCGCACUGUCUUACUUCGCAGAAGAGCUGAAUGGGCUAAAAGUCUAGGUGAACCUCGUGCCGCAGCCGAAAUGUUCCUCUCAGCAGGCGACGUUCAAAGAGCAAUAAAAAUAAUUGCAGAGCACGGUUGGAUCGACAUGCUAAUCAAAGUUGGCAGGCAAUUGGACAAAGCAGAACGAGAAAGUUUAACCGUGAUUGCUAAAAAAUUACGACAAUUAGGAGCCACUCACGGUGCGGCUGAAAUUUUCACACGAUUAGGUGAUCAUCCUGAUGUUGCUGAAGUUCUCAUCGAAGCUCAGGCUUGGCCCGAGGCUUUUGAACUUGCCGAAAGAAACCCAAAACUGAAAUCUCGCAUUUAUGGCCCUUAUGCUAGAUGGUUAGCAGAGACAGGUCGCUUCUCAGAAGCUCAAGAAGCUUUUCAAAUUGCUGGUCAGCCCGAAGAGUCAAUUGGAGUGCUAACAACUCUUGCAAAAAAUGCCGUAACCGAAAGAAGAUUUCGAGAUGCUUCUUAUCUUUACUGGCUCUUGUCUCAACUCAGCCUUGAACUACCUAAAAACGUGGAAGAGAUAAAAUCUUUAUUUUCAGUUUAUUCAGAAAGGGCAGAUAUAUAUUAUGUGUAUCAUGAAGUGCACAAGUAUUUAGAAGAACCGUUUACCUCUUUGAUGCCAGAAGCACUUUUCAACAUAUCGCGGUUCUUAAUCAUGAAAAUCCAGGGUAGACAAUUCGAAGGCGUCUCUCAACUAACAAUUACGUACGCACUAAUGAAGCAAGCUCGUCUUCUAGGCGCCAAUAAGUUAGUUAUGCAAUUGCUAGAGCGUUUGCGAGGUAUCAAGAUCCCUAAAAAUCUUUUAGCGCAAAUUGAAACUUGGGCGAUUGCAGCAAAGGCUUAUCCGUACCGAGACCCGGAAGAAUUACUGCCACUCUGUUACAGAUGCUCGACUUUUAAUACACUCUUGCCAUCUAAUAACGCUCCUGAGAACAGUUGUGCCCAAUGCGGUUUGAAAUUUCAACACUCCUUUGUCAUGUUUGAAAUAUUGCCAGUUGUUGAGUUCGAAUUAGAGGAAGGAAUUACAGACGAAGAGGCUGAAAAAUUGAUAGAAGAACCUCUACAGCUUUCGGAUGAUUCGACCCAAAUCGAGGAUCAGCUGACGAUUACAACUAAAACGGAUCUUUUCACGGAUCGCUUAGUUCGUUAUGAGAAUAAAGUAGGAGGUUCAACUGUUCUGGUUAAUCGUGGGGUUUUGAAAAGUAUGGAACCCUCAAGCGUUCUUAUUGUCAAGUGGCCAAUCCCUUUUAAGACUCGAUAUUUUAAGAACCUUUUAACGGAUCUGCAAGUUACUUCGUGCAAAACGUGUCUAAAGCUCUUUCAUUCGGACGAUUAUGAGUUGGCAUUACUCAGAUACGGCCAUUGUCCAUUUUGUCGAACACCCAGUAAUUCAACAACUCAUGCUUAAUUUUUUAUAAAUUAGACCUGUAAAUAUCACAGAUACUCAUAUUUCAAAGUGUUCAUUAUUUGCACCCAUAUUUUUUACAGAUAAAAAAUUACUAUGAAGAAUAGUCGGGAUUGAGAAA